GCAGUGAAGAUAGUUCAUUGCCGUUACAGUCUACCGUGAAAUCAACAAUAAGCAUUAAUUAUCUAUUUAUAUUUGCGUACACUAUUCUGAAGGAAAUUUAUAUUCAAUAGAAGAUAAAGACACGUAUAUUAGAUAUUGGGCCGAAUACCCAGUAAAAAAAUAAGUGUCAAGUGCAAAGAAUUAAGUGAAGAGACUCAUUAUUAGCAAAGAGUUAAGUGUUCAGUGUAAAGCUUUUAAAUGUCGAGUGUAAAGUAUUAAGUCCAGAGACCCAUUAUUAGCAAAGAGUCCAGUGUUCAGUAUAAAGCUUUUAAGUGUCGAGUGUAAAGUAUUAAGUCCAGAGUGUUCAGUAUAAAGCUUUUAUGGGACAAGUGUAAGGAACCGAACCGCCUUUUCUGCCAGACUCUGCCAUGGCGCCUCGGAGAUACACGAGUGUGACUUUGAUCUUCCUUGUGUUUGCUGUUAUGUGUCUCUACGUCAACUUCCAGCUGACGAAUAACAACAUGGAACUCCCGCCGCCGGUAAGGGAAUUUCUGCAAGGCCAGAACCUCCUGCAGGGCAACACUCUACAGGACUUCGUGCCGACCCAGCGUGGAGGAGCAGAGAGCCUCCAGGCACUCCUCGAGGACGUGAACCACGACGCCGGCGCCGACGCGGAACAGAUCGACCAGGACCUGAAAGAUCUGAACUUUGAAGACGAUGAGAUGCCGCCGCUGCCCUUGGUGGAGGACCUCUCGGAGGCCGACGCCGAAGGAGUUAGCUUAGAGCCGACGGCCAGGAACGUCACGGCCCGCGACGCUCGGCUGCUCAUCGUCAGCGCUGUGCCCCUGUUCCAGGCGCGCGUCACGUCGUCCCUCGUCAAAACCCUGGGUGAACGCAACGGCUUCCGAGUGGUGAUGCCCCUCCUUCCGAUGCAGCCGAGGAUGGGUCUGUACCAGCGGGAUGCUCUCACCAAGUACAUCACGAGCGCGGCCGAGCAAGAACCGGUGGCCUUCGUCCGAAAUAUGUACUUCUUCGAUGUCACCAGGAUGGGAUUUGCUCGGCCAGUGUGGACAGCCAUAGUGCAGGAUCCCGUGGAGAGGCUGGUCAGCAUUUUCCUACACGCGAAGGAACAAGCAAAGCACCAAGACGCGGGGCACAAAGAGCGUGAUAUUUCGGGCCUGAGUUUAGAACAGUGUGUCAUCUCCCGCAAUUCCCUCUGUUGGUAUUCGAAGGGAGAACAGAGGACGCUUGCAGCUCUCCUUCUUCUGUGGUCAGCAUACCUUCUGCGAGGUAGUAGGCAGCCGCAGUGGACUCCAGAUGGCCAAGUACCAAGUGGAGCACCAGUUUAGCGUGGUAGGGGUCCUUGAAGAGCUUACCCUCACCUACGCUGUAUUGCAAGAGUACGUCCCGAGGUACUGGGGCAACGCUACGACUUCCAUGAUAAGGACUGUAGAACUGGGGAGAGAAGACCUAGAUAUCUCCAAUUAUCUCAAGGCAAUCCCCGAGAAAGUGCGCCAGUACCUGAGGGCGAUGCUGAGGGAGGAAAUCGACUUCUACCUCUUCGUCAGGCAGCGGUUGCAUCUGCAGGCAACUUCACUCGGGCUUACAAAACAGCUGUAUUGAGGGUCGGGAGAAGCUUCGCGUUUCAUGAGCUUUGUUUAUUUUUCUCGUGUGUGUGUAAAUUGAUCGUUUUAAUUAUUGCUGUUAUCAUUACUAUUAUUUUUUAUUAUUUCUGAGAAGUAAAACACUCUUCCGUGUAGAGACUAUGGUAGAAAA